GUGUUUCAGUCUCCAGUUUCUACUUCUGUUAGGCGGUUCAGGGUAAUGAAGAUAAAAUGCACGUACUAACCCAAAGCUGUGUCCUAUUUGUGUGGAUGCAUACACUGACCUUUGUGAAAAGUCAAGACUGCACACGCAAACAGUUUGUGGAUGGCCCCCUAUUUGAUGACAGUUUUGACACAAGUGAUCUGGAGGCCAGCUACAGUGCUGGAAAACAAGUGAGAGUGAGCUGCAGAGUUGGCUUCAGUGGCUUCUUCAAACUCACCUGUACCGAGGGACAAUGGCUGUCUAGAGGCACUAAAUGUCAACUCAGAUCAUGUGGUCAUCCCGGCGAAGCCCAGUCUGCAGAUUUUCGUUUGGAAAAGGGAGAGGAUUUUGUCUUUGGAUCACAAGUAGUAUACACCUGCCACAAAGGGUAUCAAAUGGUCAGUCGCACAAACUUCCGGCGUUGCAUGACUGAAGGCUGGGAUGGUACGGUUCCUGUCUGUGAAGCCAAGCAGUGUCCAGUGAUUCAUUUCGACAGUAAAGUCCUCGUGAAUGGGGACACAGACGAGGCAACCUAUGGCAAUGUAGUUCGAUUCAGCUGCAAAUCCAACUCUGAAAUGCUGGAUGGGUCAGCAGAGAUAUAUUGUGAUGAAAACGGAGAGUGGAUCGGCAAAGUUCCAACAUGCAAAGCUAUAACAUGUGCAGUACCUGCGAUUGAAAAUGGUUACGUGACUGAAGAUAUCCAAGAGUACAAAGAACGUGAAGUCCUGCAUUUUGAGUGCGAUCCUAAAUAUAGACGCGGUGAAGACAGACCAUCACAAUGCACUAAACUGGGAGUACAAGCAGAAUGGAGCCCCACACCUGUGUGUGAACCAAUAACAUGUAAACUACAACUGCCGCCACUGGAAGGAACCAGGUAUGAACCUGCUUUCAGAAAUGUGUUUUUACCUGGUGACCUACUGACAGUCAAUUGUGGAGAGAAGUACUGGAUUUCUAACCCUCAAAACAUCUCAGCUGUAACUACAUGCAAAGAUAAUGGAGAGUGGACCAUCAGACCAAUAUGCAAAGAGGUUAUAUGCAGCAAUCAAAGAGACCGACAUGUGUAUUCAUGGAAUGUCUAUUGGAGGCAAAUAAUAACAUUGGGUGAGACUACACCUUAUAGGUGUACAACAGGCUACAUGGAAAGCGCCACCGAGGCCACAUGCACCAGAGAUGGGUGGAAACCAAAUCCACUUUGUCAAGAAAUAAAAUGCGACAGACGUGAUUUUGAGACUGCAGAUGUUGUCAGGAAUAACAAGCAGAAAUACAGAUACAAUGACCAGGUCGAUUAUGUCUGCAAGGAAGGUUAUCGAGGAAGGUUUACUCUAACCUGUAAGGAUAGAGGUUGGACCGGGAAUUCACAAUGUAGCGAAAUAACAUGCGACAGACGUGAUUUUGAGACUGCAGAUGUUGUCAGGAAUAACAAGCAGAAAUACAGAUACAAUGACCAGGUCGAUUAUGUCUGCAAGGAAGGUUAUCGAGGAAGGUUUACUCUAAACUGUAAGGAUAGAGGUUGGACCGGGAAUUCACAAUGUAGCGAGAUAAAAUGCAUCAGACAGGUUUACCAGAAUGCAGACAUUGAUGAAAAUGUUCGGAACGAAUACAGAUACAAUGACCAGGUCAAAUAUACCUGUAACAAUGGCCAUGAGGGACAUUUUACUCUUACCUGUGGGGAAACGGGUUGGAACGGAUCUCCACAAUGUAAACUGAUACAGUGUAAAACACUUCAAAUCGACAAUGCAUACAUUACCCACAAUGAAAAGGAAAGUUACGGCCACAAUGAUCGAGUCCAAUAUGCAUGCAGGAAAGGUAGUGACAGACGUUUUACUGUUACCUGUGAACAAAGUGGUUGGACUGGGAUUGAGAGCUGUUCAGCAUGUCAAAACGCUGCAGUCCCACAUGGAUUUGUAGUCGGGCCAUACAACGACACAGUGUACUACACCUGCAAACAUGGUUAUAAGCUAUUCACCAAAGGCUGGUGGUCUGAAGCCAAAUGUAUUGACGGCGAAUGGUCUGGAGUUCAAAUAUGCAUUGAGAAUGAAAAGUGUGGAGAAACUCCUGUGAUUCCUAAUGGGGAGGUGACACCUCCUCGAGGACAAAUCAAAACCGCCCGGAUUACUUGUAGGGAAGGAUACAACGUUAAUGUUAACCGCUUAACUUGUAGCAAUGGAACAUGGCAUUCACAAGGGGUACCGACCAAAGAAAUCUGUACACCUUUUGCCGUUCCCUGCAAAGCCCCACCUCAAGUUCAGAACGCAGUUGUUCUGACUUCAUAUCAGAAGAAAUACUUGUCUGACACUGAAGUAACUUAUAAGUGCCGUGAUAAGUAUACUUUAUUGUUGGGAGAAAACACAAUUCGAUGCAAAGAUGGGAAAUGGGAGGCAAAGAACAUUGAGUGCACACAACUUCCUCAGGAACAGUGAUGCUGGUUUGUUGGAGGUCCAAAGAAGUUCCAAUAAUAUUGCCCCAAAAACAAAAUCUACUUUUCUGUGGUCUUUUUGCAUCAGUUCUUGUGUAUUGCCGUGUGCAUUAUUUAUCUUAAUACAUAAUGCAUGAUCCUGGUGCACACAAUUGUUGGACAUUGAAUGACUAAAUAAUGUGUGUAACAAAUAAAUUCCAAAUAUUUGCCAUAUGAUUUACAAGAAAAGAAUAA